AUGGCCUCUGAAGAAACGGAACCAGCGCCCUCGUCAUAUGAUGAUGAGAGGACGCCAUCACAGCACUCUAUCAUUCCUGAUAGCGAAAAGGCAUCUGGUGACCCAUCUGGAGUCAACCCUGCUCCUGAAGGUGGUCUCCAGGCAUGGCUCUGCGCCGCCGGGGCCGCAGCCAUCUUUCUCUGCACGCUCGGCCUGGCCAACUCUUUCGGUGCGUUCGAAGAGUAUUAUCUGACCCACCAAUUAAAAACCGACUCUGCCUCCAAAAUCUCUUGGAUUGGCUCCCUACAGUCGUUCCUCCAGUUCUUUGCCGGUAUGCUGGGAGGUCCGCUGUUUGAUCGCUAUGGCCAAUGGGUUAUCUUCCCGUCAGCGAUCAUAUACAUAUUCGCUAUCAUGAUGCUGAGUCUGUGCAAAACCUAUUGGCAAUUUAUGCUCACCCAGGGCAUUCUGAUGGGUAUCGUCAUGGGCUUUCUGCAGAUCCCGGCAUUCGCCGCGGUGUCGCAGUACUUCGACAAGAAACGCGCAGCUGCCUUAGGCCUCGCUGUGUCCGGAUCAUCCAUCGGUGGGAUCAUCAUGCCAAUUAUCCUGUCCAGGAUGCUCAACGACUCCUCACUGGGCUUUGCAUGGUCAGUGCGUGUCGUUGGUUUUGUCAUUUUGCCGUUCAUGUUAUUAUCCUCUGUGGCCGUCAAGCCACGCGUGCCACCACGAAAAACCCAGUUAUUCCUCUUGUCGCCUUACAAGGAUCGGCGAUUUAUCCUGCUCUUCACCGCACUGUUCUUCAUGUUUAUGGGCAUGUUUACGCCCUUCUUCUACCUCACAACAUAUGCUACCACCCAAGGUAUGGGCGCAGCUAUGGCCGGUUACCUACUCGCAAUCGUCAACGCAGCCUCCACAAUCGGUCGGAUUGUCCCAGGUAUCGUUGCCGACAAGUACGGUAAACUCAAUACAUUCGCAAUCGGUGGCAUCUCCACUGGAAUUAUUGUUUUCUGCAUGACCUCCGCGACCUCAAACCCUGGCUUGAUCGCGUACUCCGUCUUCUUCGGUUUCACCUCUGGCACCAUCAUCUCUGGGGCAUCCGCAGCCUUUUCAAGCUGCCCGAAGGAGGCUCGAGACAUUGGUACGUACAUGGGUAUGGGUAUGGCCAUUUCCGGUCUAGGAGCCUUGAUUGGGCCCCCCAUUAACGGAGCCAUCCUCAACACGUACGGCAAUUUCUUCCAGGUUUGCAUGUUCAGCGGCACCAUGGCCGUUGUCGGUGGCUUCAUUGCGUUUGCGGCCAAGCUUUCGACCGACGAGGAUCUUUGGGGAUGGGUCUAA